ACAUUUAGCAGCUGUGGGGUGCUCUGGCCCUUUAAGAGACCGCCUUUUCCAGCAGCUUGGAGCCAGAGACUGCAGCACAUCCUCGGCUGCUCUGAUCCCACCUGACAACACAGCGGAGCGGACAGGCAGCAGCAGCAGCAACACCACCCUCCUCUUCUUCUUAACCCCGGUUCACAUCACGACAAAACCACGUCCUGAAGGGGAAUGGGGGGCACCUAGCCCGCUUGCUAACUUACUACAUUUCUCAAGAAGAAGCAGGAAGCCGGCCCGGUCCAUCCAUCCAUCCAUCCAUCCAUCCAGCACGAUGGUGUCGUGGAUCAUUUCGAGGAUAGUAGUCCUUGCCUUUGGGACGCUCUAUCCAGCAUACUCGUCAUACAAGGCCGUCAAAACGAAGAACGUGAAGGAAUAUGUGAAGUGGAUGAUGUACUGGAUAGUAUUUGCAUUGUUCACCACAGCAGAGACGGCCACAGACCUGCUCCUAUCAUGGUUUCCUUUUUACUUUGAGCUGAAGAUCGCCUUUGUGAUCUGGCUCUUGUCGCCGUACACCAAGGGCUCCAGCGUCCUCUAUCGCAAAUUUGUCCACCCGACCCUGUCCAACAAAGAGAAGGAGAUAGAUGAGUACAUCGCACAGGCCAAAGACAGGAGUUAUGAGACCAUGAUGAGGUUUGGAAAGAGGGGUCUUAACCUGGCUGCUAACGCUGCUGUCACUGCAGCCACCAAGGGGCAGGGAGUGCUGUCAGACAAGCUGCGGAGUUUCAGCAUGCAAGACCUGACUCUCAUCAAUGCUGACGAUGAUCUGGCUCUGCACACUUCGGAUGCUCGCAUGAGACGGGAUCCCAUGGACGACAUGAGCUCAGGAGCCAGCACGUUGCCCCGGGCCAAGAGCACCACUGCACGGCAGACCCGUUCUUUCACCAACACAUCCCUCGCUGACGACGCGGCAUCCCAACACAGCUCUGACCAAUCGGACACAAGGACCGAACACUCUGACGAGGAUGUGGCAGAAAAAGCCCCUAAACGAGUGUCGGCUGUCAAGACAACCAAGAAACCUGCUGCUGCUAAGACAGAGACUCAAACCAAGACGGUAAAGAAGCCUACAAAGAAAAAGACCACGACUAGCAAUGCAGAGACGCCACCAUGAGGUCUGCGGUCCACUUCCACUGGCCUGUGCUCGCUCCACCCACAGCCUGCAGGGCCUUCUUCCUCUGUUUGGUCUCCACACAAACACAUAUACACUGUGUAUAUAUAUAUAUCAAGCACUGAAAAUGUGUCACUCUUGCUGGUUUUUGUUUGUUUGUUUUUUCGAGCAAAGUGCAGGUUUGGUUUUUAGCAGUAUGUGGCCUCCUUUAGGUUGGGAUCUGUUUUUUUUUUUUUUUUUUUUUUUAGGUGGAUUAGCUGGAUUGUUGCAUAUUUUGUCUUUUAAUUACUGUGAGCUCAUCUCUGGUUUAACAGUCGGGGAUGUUUAUGAAUGAUUUUUAUUUUUAGUUUGAUAAUUGCUCCUUUCUCCUCUUACCUCCUGACAUACACGUAGGUCCCCAUAUCCAGUGAGAACAUAAGCUGGCCAUGUUAAAGUUUUCAGUCUCGUUGAUCGCAGUGUUUCACGUUCUUUUCCCAACAUUGUGGCAUUCUUGACUGAGGCUGUUUUUGAUUGAAGUAUCUCCAGUAAAAUAUCACGUUCUUCGCUCCUUUUGGAUCCACUAUAUGUCCUCUGUGAUACUCCUCAAGUCUGGGUCCUUAUCUGGAACCUGGCGCUGAUGGAAGAAAUCCUCAGAUGUUGUUGUCUCCGGAGCACAGACUGUCAGCUGCUUUUUUUUGUUUUUUUAACUGAGGCGGAAGAAGGUGAUGGCCUACACUGACUGAUCGUUCUAGACAUCCUUACUGCCGUUUCAGACCUAAUAGUUCCCACAUUUGUCAUUAAGCCACCACCAUGUCCUAGUAAUAUAACUGUCUAAAUUUUAUUGUUUGUGUGACUGCAUUUUUGGCCUCACAGCCUCUGGAGUUUAAAUUUUAGCUUCUGUAAACUGAAUGAGUCUGGCUCUGCUAAGUUAAGGUCUCACGACAAACCCCCCCCUACCUUAAAUGUGACUUUGAAGUCAUGUACAGUACUGACCAUGAAGUGGUUUGUUAGUGUUGGCUUAGUUAUCCUUCAUCUAGACAUCACUGUCUUGGGUUAUAUUCAUCCAUAAUCAUUUCAUUAUUACACUCCUGUUUGAUCCAGUUCUUUUGGUCACGUGAUAUUAGUACCAAGUAUGAUCAGUUGUGCAUAUCCGGGCCUCUUAAGGUAGCGCUGUAACUGAGCUCUCUCCCAAUAAAUACAGUAGUCAUAGAAAAGUUGCUGGUGUUUGUGAGGUAACAAUUCUGCUUUCACCACAGUAGUGAUACCUGUAUGUUGUUUGUGUUCAACGUGAGGAAAUAUCUCUGGAUCUUCUCACUCCUUUUAUCCGGCUGUGUGGUUGCCUCUUUAUAGUAUUUCUACCAAACUUAGAAGCCGGGAUUAAGU